AUGGCAUUUGCUGUUGCUGAAGCGAUCCUCAAGAAGUUGGCUCCCCUUGCUGUUGACCAAGCGGGUCUCCUCUGGAGCUUGAAGAGCGAUUUCCUGAAACUGAAGAGCACGGUUUCCACCAUCAAGGCUGUGCUGUUGGAUGCUGAGGAGCAAUCGGGUCUGAACCAUCAGAUUCGAUUAUGGCUCGAUAAUUUGAAACAGGUCCUUUAUGAUGCUGAUGACUUGCUGGAUGAUUUCUCCAUGGAGGCUCUGUUGAAGCAGCGAAGAAAUGAAGGGAGUCGCUGUCUGAACGAGGUAUGCCUCUUCUUUACGCGUUCCAACCAACUGGUUAGCGGCCUUAUGAUGGCUCUUCGAUUGAAGGCCAUCAUGACCAAGCUAGAUGAGAUUGAUGAGAAUCGGAAGAAGUUUAAUCUUGAAAUGCGCCUCCAAGAUCCGGCUGCAGCUGCGAUCAAGCGCGAGAGGCAGACUGACUCUUUUGUUCCCUAUGGGUUUGUUGGGAGAGAGGAAGAUAGAAAAACUGCUCUGGCUCAGUGUAUCUACAACGAUGAGAGUGUGUCUCCUUGUUUUCAGUUGAAAAUUUGGAUAUGUGUUUCGGAUCAUUUUGAUCAAGCAUUGUUGGUCAAGAAGAUGUUGGAGUCUAUAACCCGACAUAAAGGAGAAGAUCUUGACUUGGACAUCUUGAAGGGAGAACUUAAGAAGAAGAUGGGUAAUAAGAGGUUCUUGUUAGUGUUGGAUGAUGUUUGGGAUCAUGGUGACUACAAGGGCAAUUGGGAUAGUUUGAUGAGUUUUUGGCUGCAGGUUGGGGCAGUUGGUAGCAAAAUUAUCGUCACUACUCGACUUAGAGAUGUCGCGAAUUACAUGUCAACGAAGGGGAUUAAACCACACGAGCUGAAAGAGAUAGGAAAAGUGAUCAUGAGAAGCUUGUUUCUGAAAGAUUCUGAGAUUGAUGUGAAAAUGUUGGUGCAACUUUGGAUGGGGCAAGGGUUUAUCAACACCAGUCAAUCGUCGUCAUCUUCAUUUGACGUAGGAGUUGAAUAUUUCAAGAGUUUAUUGUCUAGGUUCUUUUUCCAAGAGCUGGAGAUUGAUACAUGGGGGGAUGUAUGGAGGUGUAAGAUGCAUGAUUUGAUGCAUGAUUUAGCCACGGAAAUCGCAGGCGAGGAUAUCAUUGCUUUAAAAGCUUCAAAUUCAAUGGAAGGCAAUGUCAACUUUGAUAGGCUUCGACAUAUAUCGUUUACUAUUCAGGCAAAACGGUCAAGGCCAUGGGAAGCCCCCGAUGCGUUGGUAAAAGCAACAAAACUACGAACUUACCUUCCUAGAUAUUUGUUUAUGGUUCAUGUGCUUCGCUUCAAGGAGUGGAACUGUGGGAUUAUAUUCUCAAAUAAUACUAGGCUGAGAGUUUUAAGUCUCAACACUCUUAAAUUCAAGAGUGUGCCCCGCUCCAUCCAUAAAUUGACACAUCUCAGGUACCUAGAUCUUUCUCACAAUCCUAUGGUGCUACUCCCUGACGAGAUUACGAUACUAGUAAAUUUACAAGUGAUCGUACUAGAUUUUUGUGAUAAUCUCGAGCAAUUGCCAAGAGAUAUUGGGAAAUUGAUUGAUCUCGAGUUUCUUAGCCUCGUUGGGUGUUCGAGUUUGAAAGGGUUGCCACUUGGGAUCGGGCGGCUCGCUCGCCUAAGAGAAUUGUCCAUAUUCAUUGUGCCAGUUGCAUCAUACUAUUCACAUGGAGCAGUCGCAGCUAGAAUCAGCGAGCUAGAGCAUCUCAACAAUCUAACUGGGAAAUUGAGGAUCAAACAUCUGGAGUUGGUGAAGGAUGAGGCUGAAGUGAAGGCGACAAGUUUGUUUCGGAAGCAACAUCUUCAAGCCUUGACAUUAAAGUGGAGCUUAUCGAGAAGAGUUUUUGCUGGCAGAGAUGUUGGGGUACUAAAGGCGUUGGAGCCACAUAAGAAUUUGAAGCAACUAAAAUUGGUUGGUUAUGGCGGUCACAGUCUACCUAGCUGGUUCUUUACUUCUCUGCAGAAUCUGAUUCGCUUGACAUUGUCUGAUUUAGGUCGCUUAGAGUUAAUCGAGGAUGACGCUGGUCAGUUUCUUCCAUGCUUGAUAUCUCUCCGCAUUCGCAACUGCCCCAGGCUAGUAAGCUGGAGGUCAACCACAGAGAUAGAAAUGUCGCAGUUCCCUUCUCUUUCAGAUCUCCGCAUUGAGAAUUGCCCGAAACUGGUACGACUUCCUCAUUUUUUGUCGGAUAUUGAAACGGUUUACUUAAGAUAUGUUGACCGCAAACUGUUGGACCAGUUUGUUGCGUCACUUCCACCACCCAGCUCCCCUUCGCGGUUGAAAAGACUGUCAAUUUGGGGGAUAAGAGGCCUUUUAAUUUUGCCGCAAGGUUUACUCCCACAUCUUGCAUCCCUGGAAGAUUUGCGGAUAAUGCAUUGCCCGAACCUAACGAAUCUGUCUCCACCGGCUACUAGUCAACAACAACAUCUCCCUUCCCUCCAGUUCUCUACGCUUCCAAACCUCCGUUACUUUUUUAUAAGUAAUCUUCCAGGGAUGAAGAGUCUACCAGAGUGGCUUCAGCAUUCCUCUAACUGGCAGACGCUGUGGAUAGAAAGCUGUGGCGGUCUCAAGUGCUUGCCAAAAUGGCUACCCAAGCUCACAGCGCUAGAUACUCUGUAUGUAGAUGGCUGUCAUUUUCUAUCAGCCAGAUUGAAGAGUAGAAUGGCCGAGGACUGGCACAAAGUUGCUCACAUUCGGAAUAUUGAAAUUAAUGACAUGACAAUUCAAGAGGAUGGUAACUACGUGAGAGUAGAAGAACCAGCAGACGAAAACCAACUUCAAGAACAAGAAGCAAGUGGUGGAGGAGGAGAAGAAGAAGAAGAAGAAGAAGAAGAAGAAGAAGAAGAACUAUUCAUUGAAGAAGAAGAAGAAGAUGAUGAUCAUGAUAGCGAGGGCGAGGAAGAAGAAGACGAUGAUCAUGAGGGCGAGCUCGAGGAAGAAGCAGAAGGACUACCCCUGGGCAUUUCGUCUCCAAGGAUGUGGUCAGAUUGCAUUGCGAGACUCACUUGUAACCUAUUCCAAAGAUGCUUUCUCGGCUAG